AUGGUCCGACAUAAUGGCACUCCAGAUCCAGAAUAUCAUAAUACUUGGGAUACAUCCAAGAAGGAUUUUUGGGUCGCUCUGGCCCAAAAUGUAAAUAAUAAAUGCAGGAAAAAUUUUUUCUGGUGGCUAAUGCCAGAAAAAUUUAAUUCAUUGGUAGUUGAAUAUGAUGUAAUUUGGAUAGAAGAAGCGGUGGAAGAUGUAGACAAUGUCGCUAUUUUUGAAGAUUACGAAGAUGUAUUAGAAGAUAAUGCAAUGUUUAGAAUAGCAUUUGUAUGA